AUGUCUUAUUCGUACAAGCCCAGGACGCCUUCGCCUCUGUCUCACAGCUACACGGCUGAAGAGAUUGAGGCAGCUCAGAUCCUCCUGUCACUUCGCGAUGCCGCGAUGUUGUCUGAUCAGGGUACUAGGGAUCAGGCAGGCUACAGCUCAGAAGAGACUGAAACUGCAGCAGAAGAGACUGGAAGUGAGGGAGACAGCGAGUCUGGCCAGGAACAGGAUGCAGGUGAGUCCGAGAAAAAGGUGUGGAAGAUUACGGUCACAAAGUAUUCGGAGUAUCCGGCCAGGAAGAAAGGACACUGUGGUGAUGGCGAGGGUGAGGAUGAUGUUACAGGGCAUAAGAAUUUGACUAAAAACGGUAGUCUGCGUGGGAAAAGCAAAGUUACCCCACCAUACUGGCUCUCCACAAACCAUGGUUUUUUCUGGGGAGCCAUGUGCGAUAACAGCGGUAGAGGUGAAGCGAAGCUUAUCCAAGGCUAA